AUGAGCAGAGGCGAGGAUGGAAGAAGCGCUGGACAUCGACAGCCAGAGAAUAAGCGGGGGAGCGGUUUCAAGGGGGGCGCUGAGCAGGUCGAGAUGGAGGAGGGUGAGACAGGUGACGACUCGGAGGAGAGAUACAGCCAGGCACGAAGGCCUAAAGCAAACACUGCAAACAAUGCUGCCUCCCCAGACUUGGCGCUGGAUACGCUUACUGCGACGGCUCACCUGAAGCCCAGCAUCGCUCACCUCCGUCAGUUCAUCCCUACUGCUGGACUUGCCUUCACCGCUACCUCUCAAUCGGCCUUCCCCCCCUGCCAAUUCUCAUCACUUAGCCUCGAAUCCUCUCCUCUUCCCUCAUCGUUGCUGCCCUCAGAAUAUCCAGCCGAUCCCCCCACGAGUCUCCACCGAAUUGCGGAGAACUAUCCUUCGUCGUCUACCUCCGCACGCCAAGGACAAGCACGCAACAACCAACCAUCGUACUUCGCCCUCCCGUAUCUCUCGAGGGCGCUCUAUUCUUUUUCAAAAACGCUACCGGACGUGCUAGAGGAUGAAAAGCCUGAGCGGUCGAUGGGCGUAAUACGAAAGAAGACCGCGUCGCGCGGUACCGAAGCCGGCACUCAGUACCAUUGCGACGUCUGUUCUGUCGAUGUGACUUCAACGGUUCGGAUAUCAUGUGCACAUCCCGCCUGCCCCGAAUAUGACCUCUGCGUUCCUUGUUUCAGUGCGGGGGAAAGCAGCAAAGCCCACGACCCUGCCACUCAUCCGUACCAGGUCAUCGAACAGAAUUCUGUUCCUAUCUACGAGGAAGAUUGGGGUGCAGAUGAGGAGCUACUGCUGCUAGAAGGAGCCGAAAUCUAUGGCUUGGGAUCCUGGGCGGACAUCGCGGACCACAUUGGCGGUUACCGGACCAAGGAUGAAGUGCGGGAUCACUACAUCAGAACCUACAUUGACAGCCCCAAUUUCCCUCUGCCCGCACGAGCGGACCCCCAUGAUACUAGUCUUCAGGAUUCGAUAUCCAAGGAGGAGUUCCAGGCUCGGAAGAAGAGACGCAUCGAGGAGCGCAAGGAAGCAGCCAAAGCGGCACCACCGACAACACCGAAGCAAAAGCCCACUGCCAGUGUGCCAGCAUGUCACGAGGUUCAGGGUUACAUGCCUGGGCGACUGGAGUUUGAGACGGAAUUUUUGAACGAAGCCGAAGAGGCUGUUCAGCACAUGUCCUUUGAGCCCGGAGCGGGCGUCAAUGAGACAAGCGAGACAGAUGCAGAGAUGGAGCUGAAAAUGACGGUAGUUGAUAUAUACAACUCACGCCUCACAGCGCGAACGGAGCGCAAGAAAGUUCUGUUCGAGCAUAAUCUUCUCGAUUACCGGAAGAACACGGCGCUGGAGAAGAAGCGAACAAAGGAAGAAAGAGAUCUGCUUAACAAAGCCAAGCCGUUUGCACGGAUGAUGAAUCACGAAGACUUCGAGGAGUUCUGCAAGGGGCUGGAGUACGAACAUAAUCUACGGUUGGCCAUCGCACAGCUCCAAGAAUGGAGACAGAUGGGAAUCAAGGAUCUCAAGGGUGGAGAGAAAUACGAACAUGAAAAGCAACAGCGUGCGCAAAGACUUCUGACACAGGGCUCAUUCGACCGACUGGCAGCCUCUCGACCGAAGCAGUCGCAGCAACCCGAGCAACCGUCCGUAGCCAGUCAGCUGACGACUCCAGAACUCCCCCUGCGACUACAGAAGGCAAAUGGGCAAACAAAGCCACUAGAACAGAACCCGCCGAUGAAUGACUUUGAUCGAGCUUUCGCUGCUAACGGAGACGCAACAGGUACGCCGCAACCGGUCAAGUCAAAAUAUGUUGUCCAGCCAUUGAGCGGGGUGACACCGUGGAAAUUGGAGAACACAGGAGCUGCCGAUUUGCAUUUAUUGACGAAGGAAGAGGUUGAGCUGUGUAAUAUGCUCCAUAUCAACCCCAAGCCAUACCUGGUCAUUAAGGAGACUCUCCUGAAGGAGGCCAUGAAGCAGGGAGGUAACCUGAAGAAAAAAGAUGCCCGAGCUCUCUGCAAGGUACGUUGUGCUAUCCGAUGGGAGGGUACUGCACGUAGAUACUAACGAUGAACAGAUUGACACUGCCAAGACUGGUCGGAUCUUUGACUUCAUGAUACAUAGUGGGUGGAUUAACAAGGGAUAGCCAGGAUUACCUUAAUUCCUUUUGAUGUCCAUACUCUUGAUAGACUGCAUUUUCUUGGCGUUCAUGGCAGGCAAUGGUGCAUAUGGGGUUGUUUGAAUGCAAUAAUGCACUAUGGAAUACAGAGAUUGGUGUCUGGUGUUCUCAUUAUUAUUACUAUAUAAAACUCUCACCAUUCCCGAGACGCAUAUUACUUGAUCCCGGUCCUAGCAGGAAAAUAUGCUCUCCAGUCCCACUGAAGACAAUGUGACUCCAGGGUUAACCAGGGUAAUCCUAACUGGGAUUAGGACUGGACCCGGUUUUAUCCCGCUGCGCUGCUUUUCUUUUCUUGAGCCUAAGCUGUAAGCCGCUUGUUUUAGCUUUGAUCUCCAGUGAGACCCGAUGCUUCAUUGCAGUGAGAUGGAUUCUGUCAGCCUUGUCUAUUAGCAAGCCCUAAUACUGCGUAUAUAGUCUGCUUAUGCCACGUCGAUUAUUCAUUGCACGAGACUAACUCAAGAAGCAUGGGAUAAAGUGAGAGUGAAAUAAGACCA